CCUAGUAUUCUCUAUUUAUAUAAAAGUAGUGGCCUUAUUUCUGAUUUCAAACCAACCAAUUAUGUGGUCCGCGUGUGAAGUAACUAAACCGAAGACUUUAUAGGAGACUUUAUAGGAGACAUUCUUUGAACAAUAGAAGGAUUGGAGGAGAAAAGUGAAAAUAUAUGAUUCAUCCUGGUGGUGAAAGAUAACUAUUUUGGAAAUACUACGGGCAAUGUUCUAACAGAUGUCAGAAAGAGCUACACAGGCAAUGCAAACACACCAUAUUUAAACACACCACACCUAAACAUCCAAAUCGACGAGUCUCAGUAAAAAGAGGGAAGACAACUGUUACUACACACACGGAUAAACUUUCUUUUAAACAACAGACAACUCAGAUUAAUCGAACGCCUUUAAAACCGAAAGAGAAAAUAGGAACCACUGAACACGAUCAUCUUUCUAUUAAGAUUAAAACAACACAGCGUUAUCAACUUCUACUGAACCCGAUGGAGAAAGUAGGAAAGACUGAGCAUGAUGAACUUUGCCUGAAAUCGAAAGAGAAGGGAAGAAUAUAUGAGCAUGAUAAAACCCCAUUUAAAACGAUAGCGAAAGAAGAAACAAUUAAGCAUGGUCAAUUCCCACUAAGCACGAUAAAGACAGUUUUAACAACUGAGAAUGAUAAAUUUUCUUUAAGAACAGAACAGAAUGAGAAAAUAGAAAGAAUUGAGUAUGAUCAAUGUCAUUUAAAACACACAGAUAGAAUAACUGUGAAUGAUCAAUUUUCACUAAAUCUAACAGAGACAAAGGGAAUACCUGAGCAUGAUCAACUCCAACUUAAACUGAAAGAGAAAGUUAGAUAUACUCAGCAUGAUCAACUGCCUUUAAAAAUGAAAAAAAACAAAGGAACAACUGAGUAUGAUCAACUUGCUAUAAAAAAGAAUGAGAAACUAGGAACAACUGACCGUGAACAAUUCCCUAUAACACCGAAAGAGAAUGUAGGAACAUCUGAUUACGAUCAACUCCUUAUAAAACCUAAGGAGAUAGUAGGAAUAACUGAGCAUGAUCAACUUGCUAUAAAAACGAAUGAGAAACUAGGAACAACUGGCCGUGAACACCUCCCUAUUACACCGAAAGAGAAUGUAGGAACAACUGAUUAUGAUAAACUCCUUAUAAAACCUAAGGAGGUAGUAGAAAUAACUGAGCACGAUCAACUCGGACUACAACAGAAAUAUAAUGAAGGUAAAACUGAGCAUGAUCAUCUCCAACUAACACCGCAAAUGAAAGUACGAACGAAUGAUCACAUCCCUGUGAAAUCGAAAGACACAGUAGAAACAAUUAAGCAGGAUGAAUUCCGACAAAAACUUAAAGAGAAAGUAGGAACAUCUGAGCAGGAGCAAAUUCCUUUAAAAGAAAAAGAUAAAGUAGUAUCAACAGGGCAUGAUCAACACUUCCUGGAUCCGAAAGGCAAAAUAGGAACAACUGAGCAUGAUCAACACCCUUUAAAAGAAAACGUAGGAACAAAUGACAAAGAUCAACUCCGACGUAAACAGAAACAGACAGUAGAAUCCACUGGGCAUGAUCAACACUCCCUGAAUCCGAAAGACAAAAUAGGAACAAAUGAGCAUAAUCAACUCACUUUAAAAGAAAAAAUAGGAUCCAAUGACAAUGAUCAACUCCGACGUAAACAGCAUAAGACAGUAGGAACAACUGAGCAUGAUCAACACCCUUUAAACCCGAAAGAGAAAGAAACAACAGCUAACAAUGAUCAAAUCGGACUAAAACCGAAAGCAAAAGUAGAAACAACUGAUGAUGUAUUCCCGCUAAAACAGAAAGGGAAAGAAGGAAAAACUGAAGAUGAUCAACUCCCCCUAAAAUCGGACAAAAAUAUGGGAAAAAUUAAGCAUGAUCAAUGCGCUAUAAACCCAAAGGAGACUGAAGGAAUAACUGAGCAUGGUCAAAUUCCGCUCAAACAGAAAAAGAAGAAAAGAGCAACCAAGCAUAAUAAACGCCUACUUAAACAAAAAGAGAAAGUCGAAACAAUUGAGCAUGAUCAUCGCGGACUUAAACCGAAACUAAAAGAAGGAACAUCUCAGCAUAAUCAAGUCCCGCUAAACACAAAAGGCAAGGUAGAAAUAAGAGAGCAUGAUCAACUUCCCCGUAAACAGGAAAAGGAAAUAGGAAAAACUGAACAACUACCUUUAAAAGAGAAAGAAAAAGUAGGAACCAAUGACCAUAAUCGACUACCUAUAAAACCGAAAGAGACAGUAGAAAUAACUGAGCAUGAACAACUUGCUAUAAAAACGAAUGAGAAACUAGGAACAAUUGACCGUGAUCAACUUCCUAUUACACCGAAAGAGAAUGUAGGAACAACUGAUUAUGAUAAACUCCUUAUAAAACCUAAGGAGAUAGUAGAAAUAACUGAGCACGAUCAACUCGGACUAAAACAGAAAUAUAAUGAAGGUAAAACUGAGCAUGAUCAUCUCCAACUAACACUGGAAGUAAAAGUACGAACAAAUCAGCAUGAUCACAUUCCUGUGAAAUUGAAAGAGACAGUAGGAACAAUUAAGCAGGAUGAAUUCCGACUUAAACAUAAAGAGAAAGUAGGAACAUUUGAGCAUGAGCAAGUUCCUAUUAAAGGAAAAGACAAAGUAGGAAGAACUGGGCAUGAUCAACACUCCCUGGAUCCGAAAGACAAAAUAGGAACAACUGAGCAUGAUCAACUCGCUUUAAAAGGAAAAGUAGGAUUAAAUGACAAUGCUCAACUCCAACGUAAACAUAAACAGACAGUAAGAACAACUGAGCAUGAUCAACACCAUUUAAACCCGAAGGAGAAAGAAACAACAGCUAACAAUGAUCAAAUCGGACUAAAACCGAAAGUAAAAGUAGAAACAACUGAUGAUGUAUUCCCGCUAAAACAGAAAGGGAAUGUAGGAACAACUGAAGAUGAUCAUCCCCCCCUAAAAUCCGAGGACAAUAUGGCAAUAAUUGAGCACGAUCAAUGCGCUAUAAACCCGAAGGAGACAGUAGGAAUAACUGAGCAUGAUCAAAAUCCGCUCAAACCGAAAAAGGAGGAAAUACUACCCAAGUAUCAACGCCUACUUAAACUGAAAGAGAUAGUCAAAACUAUUGAGCAUGAUCAUCGCGGACUUAAACCGAAACAAAAAGACGGAACAUCUCAGGAUAAUCAAUUCCCGCUAAACCCAAAAGGGAAGGUAGAAAUAAGUGAGCACGAUCAACUUCCCCGUAAACAGGAAAAGGAAAAAGGAACAACUGAACAACUCCCUUUAAAAGAGAAAAAGAAAGUAGGAACUAAUGAGAAUACUCGACUACCUUUAAAACCUAAAGAGACAGUAGGAAUAACUGAGUAUGAUCAACUUGCUAUAAAAAAGAAUGAGAAACUAGGAACAACUGACCGUGAACAAUUCCCUAUUACACCGAAAGAGAAUGUAGGAACAUCUGAUUACGAUCAACUCCUUAUAAAACCUAAGGAGAUAGUAGGAAUAACUGAGCAUGAUCAACUUGCUAUAAAAACGAAUGAGAAACUGGGAACAACUGGCCGUGAACACCUCCCUAUUACACCGAAAGAGAAUGUAGGAACAACUGAUUAUGAUAAACUCCUUAUAAAACCUAAGGAGGUAGUAGAAAUAACUGAGCACGAUCAACUCGGACUACAACAGAAAUAUAAUGAAGGUAAAACUGAGCAUGAUCAUCUCCAACUAACACCGCAAAUGAAAGUACGAACGAAUGAUCACAUCCCUGUGAAAUCGAAAGACACAGUAGAAACAAUUAAGCAGGAUGAAUUCCGGCAAAAACUUAAAGAGAAAGUAGGAACAUCUGAGCAGGAGCAAAUUCCUUUAAAAGAAAAAGAUAAAGUAGUAUCAACAGGGCAUGAUCAACACUUCCUGGAUCCGAAAGGCAAAAUAGGAACAACUGAGCAUGAUCAACACCCUUUAAAAGAAAACGUAGGAACAAGUGACAAAGAUCAACUCCGACGUAAACAGAAACAGACAGUAGAAUCCACUUGGCAUGAUCAACACUCCCUGAAUCCGAAAGACAAAAUAGGAACAAAUGAGCAUAAUCAACUCACUUUAAAAGGAAAAAUAGGAUCCAAUGACAAUGAUCAACUCCGACGUAAACAGCAUAAGACAGUAGGAACAACUGAGCAUGAUCAACACCCUUUAAACCCGAAAGAGAAAGAAACAACAGCUAACAAUGAUCAAAUCGGACUAAAACCGAAAGCAAAAGUAGAAACAACUGAUGAUGUAUUCCCGCUUAAACAGAAAGGGAAAGAAGGAAAAACUGAAGAUGAUCAACUCCCCCUAAAAUCGGACAAAAAUAUGGGAAAAAUUAAGCAUGAUCAAUGCGCUAUAAACCCAAAGGAGACUGAAGGAAUAACUGAGCAUGGUCAAAUUCCGCUCAAACAGAAAAAGAAGGAAAGAGCAACCAAGCAUAAUAAACGCCUACUUAAACAAAAAGAGAAAGUCGAAACAAUUGAGCAUGAUCAUCGCGGACUUAAACCGAAACUAAAAGAAGGAACAUCUCAGCAUAAUCAAGUCCCGCUAAACACAAAAGGCAAGGUAGAAAUAAGAGAGCAUGAUCAACUUCCCCGUAAACAGGAAAAGAAAAUAGGAAAAACUGAACAACUCCCAUUAAAAGAGAAAGAGAAAGUAGGAACCAAUGACCAUAAUCGACUACCUAUAAAACCGAAAGAGACAGUAGAAAUAACUGAGCAUGAACAACUUGCUAUAAAAGCGAAUGAGAAACUAGGAACAAUUGACCGUGAUCAACUUCCUAUUACACCGAAAGAGAAUGUAGGAACAACUGAUUAUGAUAAACUCCUUAUAAAACCUAAGGAGAUAGUAGAAAUAACUAAGCAGGAUCAACUCGGACUAAAACAGAAAUAUAAUGAAGGUAAAAGUGAGCAUGAUCAUCUCCAACUAACACUGGAAGUAAAAGUACGAACAAAUGAGCAUGAUCACAUUCCUGUGAAAUUGAAAGAGACUGUAGGAACAAUUAAGCAGGAUGAAUUCCGACUAAAACAUAAAGAGAAAGUAGGAACAUUUGAGCAUGAGCAAGUUCCUAUUAAAGGAAAAGACAAAGUAGGAAGAACAGGGCAUGAUCAACACUCCCUGGAUCCGAAAUACAAAAUAGGAACAACUGAGCAUGAUCAACUCGCUUUAAAAGGAAAAGUAGGAUUAAAUGACAAUGCUCAACUCCAACGUAAACAUAAACAGACAGUAAGAACAACUGAGCAUGAUCAACACCCUUUAAACCCGAAGGAGAAAGAAACAACAGCUAACAAUGAUCAAAUCGGACUAAAACCGAAAGUAAAAGUAGAAACAACUGAUGAUGUAUUCCCGCUAAAACAGAAAGGGAAUGUAGGAACAACUGAAGAUGAUCAUCCCCACCUAAAAUCCGAGAACAAUAUGGCAAUAAUUGAGCACGAUCAAUGCGCUAUAAACCCGAAGGAGACAGUAGGAAUAACUGAGCAUGAUCAAUUUCCGCUCAAACCGAAAAAGGAGGAAAUACUAACCAAGUUACAACGCCUACUUAAACUGAAAGAGAUAGUCAAAACUAUUGAGCAUUAUCAUCGCGGACUUAAACCGAAACAAAAAGACGGAACAUCUCAGGAUAAUCAAUUCCCGCUAAACCCAAAAGGGAAGGUAGAAAUAAGUGAGCACGAUCAACUUCCCCGUAAACAGGAAAAGGAAAAAGGAACAACUGAACAACUCCCUUUAAAAGAGAAAAAGAAAGUAGGAACUAAUGAGAAUACUCGACUACCUUUAAAACCUAAAGAGACAGUAGGAAUAACUGAGUAUGAUCAACUUGCUAUAAAAAAGAAUGAGAAACUAGGAACAACUGACCGUGAACAAUUCCCUAUUACACCGAAAGAGAAUGUAGGAACAUCUGAUUACGAUCAACUCCUUAUAAAACCUAAGGAGAUAGUAGGAAUAACUGAGCAUGAUCAACUUGCUAUAAAAACGAAUGAGAAACUAGGAACAACUGGCCGUGAACAACUCCCUAUUACACCGAAAGAGAAUGUAGGAACAACUGAUUACGAUCAACUCCUUAUAAAACCUAAGGAGAUAGUAGAAAUAACUGAGCACGAUCAACUCGGACUACAACAGAAAUAUAAUGAAGGUAAAAGUGAGCAUGAUCAUCUCCAACUAACACCGCAAGUGAAAGUACGAACAAAUGAGCAUGAUCACAUCCCUGUGAAGUCGAAAGAGACAGUAGGAACAAUUAAGCAGGAUGAACUCCGACAAAAACUUAAAGAGAAAGUAGGAACAUCUGAGCAUAAGCAAAUUCCUUUAAAAGAAAAAGACAAAGUAGUAUCAACAGGGCAUGAUCAACACUUCCUGGAUCCGAAAGGCAAAAUAGGAACAACUGAGCAUGAUCAACACCCUUUAAAAGAAAACGUAGGAACAAAUGACAAAGAUCAACUCCGACGUAAACAGAAACAGACAGUAGAAUCCACUGGGCAUGAUCAACACUCCCUGAAUCCGAAAGACAAAAUAGGAACAACUGAGCACGAUCAACUCGCUUUAAAAGGAAAAAUAGGAUCCAAUGACAAUGAUCAACUCCGACGUAAACAGCAACAGACAGUAGGAACAACUGAGCAUAAUCAACACCCUUUAAACCCGAAACAGAAAGAAACAACAGCUAACAAUGAUCAAAUCGGACUAAAACCGAAAGCAAAAGUAGAAACAACUGAUGAUGUAUUCCCGCUAAAACAGAAAGGGAAAGAAGGAAAAACUGAAGAUGAUCAUCCCCACCUAAAAUCCGAGGACAAUAUGGCAAUAAUUGAGCACGAUCAAUACGCUAUAAACCCGACGGAGACAGUAGUAAUAACUGAGCAUGAUCAAUUUCCGCUCAAAGCGAAAAAGGAGGAAAUAAUAGCCAAGCAUUAUCAAUGCCUACUUAAACUGAAAGAGAUACUCAAAACUAUUGAGCAUGAUCAUCUCGGACUUAAACCGAAACAAAAAGCCGGAACAUCUCAGGAUAAUCAAUUUCCGCUAAACCCAAAAGGGAAGGUAGAAAUAAGUGAGCACGAUCAACUUCCCCGUAAACAGGAAAAGGAAAAAAGAACAACUGAACAACUCCCUUUAAAAAAGAAAAAGAAAGUAGGAACCAAUGAGAAUACUCGACUACCUUUAAAACCUAAAACGACAGUAGGAAUAACUGAGUAUGAUCAACUUGCUAUAAAAACGAAUGAGAAACUAGGAACAAUUGACCAUGAUCAACUUCCUAUUACACCGAAAGAGAAUGUAGGAACAUCUGAUUAUGAUAAACUCCUUAUAAAACCUAAGGAGAUAGUAGAAAUAACUGAGCACGAUCAACUCGGACUACAACAGAAAUAUAAUGAUGGUAAAACUGAGCAUGAUCAUCUCCAACUAACACUGGAAGUAAAAGUACGAACAAAUGAGCAUGAUCACAUUCCUGUGAAAUUGAAAGAGGCAGUAGGAACAAUUAAGCAGGAUGAAUUACGACUAAAACAUAAAGAGAAAGUAGGAACAUCUGAGCAUGAGCAAAUUCCUUUUAAAGAAAAAGACAAAGUAGGAUCAACUGGGCAUGAUCAACACUCCCUGGAUCCGAAAGACAAAAUAAGAACAACUGAGCAUGAUCAACACCCUUUAAAAGAAAACGUAGGAACAAAUGACAAUGAUCAACUCCGACGUAAACAAAAACAGACAGUAGGAACAACUGAGCAUGAUCAACACACUUUAAACCCAAAAGAGAAAGAAAUAACAACUGACAAUGAUCAAAUCGGACUGAAACCGAAAGCAAAAGUAGAAACAACUCAUGAUAUAUUCCCGCUAAAACAGAAAAAGAAAGUAGGAACAACUGAGCAUGAUCAACCCCCCAUAAAAUCGGAGGACAAUAUGGGAAUAACUGAACAUGAUAAAAUCACAGUGGUUACUGAGAUAAAGCAGCAGAAAAGGGUAUAUAAAGUGAGAGAAGGAAACCGCUUUAAAGUAAAAUUAGAAAAAGAUUCAUAUCGGUGUUUAAUAUCUGGUAUAAUAGUGUUGCCAGGCAGAGAAAUAAUUAUAACAGACAGUGGGAACUGUGAGCUCAAGCUGCUGACAGCUGACUACACCAUGGCGGACCAUGUCAGAGUUCCAGAGAUGCCAUAUGGCAUAUGCGCUGUGUCUGACAACCAGGUGGCUGUCUAUAAUGGGAGAUGGGAGAUACAGUUUUUCGAUGUAGAAAAUAGCAAACUCAAGCUCAACAGAAAAAUACAACUGGACCAUGACUGCAAGAGUGUGGCAUACAUUGAAGGCCAUCUGUAUGUAUCAUCUGAUGGUACAGUGUAUCUGUACACACUGGAUGGAAGGCGGGUGAGGGAGAUCUACACAGCAUAUGGAUGCGAUGUGGCGGGUCUUGCGGUUAACCCAGAUGGAAACAAACUCUACAUCACAGACAUAAACAAUAACCAACUGGUGACAGUGGACAUGCAGGGACAAGUGUUGGCCACACUGACGGAUAAACACCUCAAAUGCCCCCGUGUCGUUGUGUCUCAUAGUGGACAGGUGUUUGUGUGGGAUAGUCAGUCCCGAAGCAUCCUACAGGUGGACAGUGAGGGCAAACAAAAGCUAGCCACGCUGACCAUCGAGGAGGAUGGUUCGUCCUAUCCACGCUCAGUGUGCUUUGACAGCAGGACAUCAUCUUUGCUUGUAUGUAAUAUAGGGUCGGAAUAUAUUUUAGUGUUAAAACUGUAACAAAAAUCAAUAAUAACAUAAUAAUUCCUAUCGCACUAUCGCAAUGUUACUUGUGACAUAGCAAAGUGUAAACUAAAACUGAUUUAAAGGCCUAGUUUAAUCCUUCUAUAAGUACCCCCCCCCCCCCAACAAAAAAAAAACAAAAAAAAAACGUGCAUUGUACUAAUCUAAGUGUCUUAUUGUUUUAACACAUCUCCGAUCUGAAUAUCCUGCUGUGCAGUUUUGGAGGUAUAUAUAGAAAUGGGCCUGAGCAAAUAAACAGGAAAUUUGCCCCGACUGUGACAUCAGUGCAAUAAGCAGGAGAUGCACUGCAGGGGAUUGUCCUGCUAAGCAUUCCUUAAACUAGGCCUUUAAAUUCAAGUAAGAAUCGUAGCCAGUUAUAGAUAAUCAUUGAAUACCAGGGAUUGAAAACCAUAAACCACAAAGCUUAUGCUUAUGUUUUAUUUCCAUUUUAACAUAUUAUUUUGUAGAUUCUAAUGACAGACAAAUAUAUUUUAUGUUAAGCGAUAAUAUUUUUUUUAUGAUUGAUUAUCGCCGAUUUAGGAGGUAAAUAAUCGAUGUUCGACAAUACUCGAUCCUCGUUGAAUUCAUAGUAAAUACAACUGGUACACUACACAUGUAUUCCCUUCCGGCUACUAACCAAUAUAAAUGAAAUGAAAUGUUCUUCAUUAUCAGCUGUGUUCUUCAAAAUGCAAAACAGAAAUAUUUCAUCGUUUGGUAUUUUUUAUGUGACUUACUUUUAGCAUUGAGUUUCGUUGGUGUAUAAAAACAUUUGGUCAGUGCAUGAUUUGUGAUGUUAAAUAUUUCCCCUUCCGGGAUUAUGAUAAUAAUAUUCCAGAAAAACUAGUGCAUAUCAAAAUAUGGUUUGUUCGUUGCUUUCAUUGUUGUAUGAGUGUUUAUAUUGUACAAAGAUUUUCAAAGAUCAUUAAAAGAUUUUCUUACGUAUGAAAAUUUUGUGCACUUUGUGUGUUUUUUUCCCUCUACAUUUUCACUAAAUGAUUGUGUUGAUAACUUUACAUACAUUAUAUUAUUCAAGAACAUAUUAGUAGAUAUUGUUGUUGUGCAUUUUUCUGACCAUUUUUAUGAUUAUUCAAUGAGAUAAUAAUAUAAUAUAUAUUUAUAUAUUCAAGUAUGUGUGAAAGUAUGGUCCAUUAUCGUUUUUUAUUAUUAAUUAUAUCCAGGAACAUUCUUAUUUGAAAAUAAACCAGGGUGUUUGUUAGUAUUUAUUUUUGUACCAAGAUUAUUAUAUAUUCAUGAAAAUUUAAAUUCCUACCAUACCAAAUUUUAUUGUUUAUUUAAAUUAUUUUUAAUGUUGAUAAUAAUUAUCUUAUCAUGAACGCAAUGUUUAGAAAAGCUUUAUGUAUACGAAAUUAAUUAGUAAAAACAUUAUAAACCCAAGAAUAUUAUAGUAAAUACCAGUCAUUUAGUAUAGGUAAUUAAGUAGAAGAAAUUACUUAAUAAACAUUUACUUUGUGUAAAUAGUCAUUGCGGUCAUGUAUAUAAUUUAAGUAUGUAGAUGUUUACUUAUUGUACUUUCUGAUGGUAAUAUUUUAAUAGGUCACACAAAUGAUAUUGGCUCCUUAUAAUUUGAUGAACCUACUAUAUAAUGGUCUGUAAAUCCAAUUACACCUGCUUGUUUUAGUGUUUCUGGGAGCUUUUGUUAGUAUUAAGUCGGGUGUUUCACUUUUUCUAUGGGCAAAGCAAAUCUUAUGCUUAUUGAUGGACCAAAAUUGUUUAUGUGGCAUAUUAAUGUUUAAUUUGUAAGUACAGAUGUUUUUAUCAAUCAGUAUCAGUCACAUAUUUUAAAACAAUUCAGUAUCUUAUUUUGUAAUCAUUUGUUCUGCGUAUUUGUCAAAUAGUCUCUUGUAAUUCAGUAUAGAAUGGCCAUAUACCUGUUUAAUGUGUUGCAUAUAACUUUUUGUAUGUAUAUGGACGAGACUCAAAAAAAGUUAUAUAUAUAUACUUACUUAGUGUUUGCCCCUGCUAAAUAGCAUUAGCUUUAAAAUUAAGCCGUGCGCGUGUCAAAAAGAUCAGUCAAUCACUAUUGUAUAGCGGGACACUGCGAAUGCAUUGACACUUUAAUCGCGCCUUUGCAUAUGAAAACUGUAGGCGUGAUUAUAUGCGCAUACGCAGUUAUAGCAAUUAACUUUAUCAUGAAUAGUCGUCUUCAGCAAUAAGUAACAAUACUUCACAUAUAAGAAACUAAACUUUUUAAAAAUCUAGCGCCCCUAAUUGGUUGAAAAUGUAGGGCAAACACUAAAGCAUACUGAGUAUUCAAAUUUACAUAAAGUAGUUUUUGUGUUGAUACUGGUUAUCUAAUAUCUACUGCAUUGCUUUAGAAGUAGCACGAUUAUAACUAACCAUGUAAGUGAGGAUAUCAUUGUACUCCAUGUUGUGUACAUUUAGUGAUAUAUAUAUUGAUUUACAGGGAUGAUAAAAGGCCAAAAACCAGAAUCCAAAGGUGAUUAGAAGACCUUUACAAAGUCAUUGUAUCUAUACCAAGUCCUUCUAUUUAUAAUGCAAAAGACCAGCAAAAAUUCAAAUAAAUGUUAAAUAGUCUUGAAUUGAAAAGUCCCAAUCCUGAUUUCAGGAUUACUACAAAAUGUUAUCAUAUAGAACUGUAAAAUUGAUUUUGAAUGUGAUAUUAAUAAACCGAACAAAUGGAUUGUGAAGUUUUUAUAAUCAUACUGUACUUAACUAUGGCAGUUUAAACAAAUUUGACAUAAGCGAUUCUGAAAUUUCAAAUGUUUCAAAACAUAAUUGCCCACCAACUCCAAAAUGUUUGAUAACAUGAAUCUAAAUCUAAAACAAGAGUGGGAAUAUAGGAAAUACAAGUUGUUUGAUCGGUAACCUAAAUAGUCUUGGAUAUUUGAACAUAUUAUAAGGAUAUUUGUUAAAGUUAUUCAUAUUGUGUGUAGUGUAGUUAAGAUCAAUGUCAAUGUUAGUUUGGCUAAAAAAAGAAGGAAAAUGAGUCCUUGAAUUAUAACAUCGAUGAAAUCACAGAGACUUGGAUGAAAUAGCAAGCCUUAAGUAUUUUCG